AUGCGAUUUACUAAAAACAAACGAUUAUUUCUAUUUGUGACUUUAUCUAUAGCACUCUUACAUUUCUCAAAAGCAACAAGUAACUUACAAAAUGAACAAGCAGAAGAUGUUCAAAUCCCAAUCUCAGGAUUUCAACCAGAACAAGAAAUCUUAAUGUCAAAGAAUCAAGAAAAAUUCGAAUUUCAAAGUGAUAUUGCUAGACUUAUGCGUGUCGUCGUUUCUCAUCUUUAUCAUGAUCGGGAUGUGUUCUUGAGAGAAUUGAUUAGUAAUAGCGGUGAUGCACUUGAGAAACUUAGAUUUGCUUCUUUAACUGAUUCAUCUGUAUUGGAUACUGCACCUGCUCUUAAUAUCUCGAUUAUGGCUGAUAAACCAUCUAAAAGGUUGAUCAUUAGAGAUUCCGGUGUAGGUAUGACUAAAUCAGAAUUACAAAAAAAUUUGGGAACGAUAGCUAGAUCAGGAACUUCUGAAUUUUUAAGUAAAUUAGAAAAAGGAGAAAAAACAGAAACCUCUAAUAAUUUGAUCGGUCAAUUCGGAUUAGGAUUUUAUUCUUCUUUCUUAGUAGCUGAUCGAGUUUUAGUUUCAAGUAAAUCUAAUUCAGAUGAUAAACAAUGGGUGUUUGAAUCGAAUGCCGAUGCUGCUGAAUUUAAGAUCUCAGAAGAUCCUCGUGGUAAUUCUUUAGGUCGUGGUACUGAGAUCACUUUGUAUAUUAAAGAUGAUGCUACUGAGUAUCUAGAGAUUGAUAAACUUAAAGAACUCAUCUCAACUCACUCUGAGUUUUCCACAACCGCACCAAUUUAUCUUUGGACUGAAAAAGAGGAAGAAGUUCCAAUUGAAGAAGAAGAAAAGCCCAAAACUGAUGAUGAUGAAGAUGAAUCAUCAAAAGCAAAAGAGAAAACUGAUGAAGAGAAAGAUGAAGAUGAAUUAAAGAUUGAUGAAGAUUCAGAAGAUUCAGAAGAUAGUUCUACUCCUGCUACUCCAAAGACAAAGACUGUAAAGAAACAAGUAUGGGAUCAACUUAACACAAAGGGACCUAUUUGGACUAGGGAUCCUAAGGAAGUUUCAGAUGAAGAUUAUAUUACGUUUUAUAAAGCACUUACUAGUCAAACUGAAGCGCCUUCAUCUUGGAUUCAUUUCAAAGGAGAUGCAGGUCGAACCGCAUUCCAUGGAUUAAUUUUCAUUCCUGAAACUUUACCAGCCGAUUUCUAUACCAAAACUUAUGCUCAGUUAGAUUCAGUUCGAUUAUUUGUACGAAAGGUUUUGAUUACCAAAGAACCAUCACCUGAUUUCCUUCCGAAAUGGUUUAAUUGGAUUAAAGUGAUUAUUGAUGCAGACGAUUUACCAUUGAAUGUAGGAAGAGAUAGUUUACAAGUUAAUAAAUCUUUAAGACAAAUCCAAAACAUCAUCUUAAAGAAAUUUUUGGAUCAUUUAAAUCAAGUAUCUAAAAAAGAACCGGAAAAGUAUUUAAAACUUUGGAAAAAGAUUGGUACGACCUUGAAAGUAGGAGCAGUAGAAGAUAUUAAGAAUCGAGAAAAAUUAUCAAAAUUGAUGAGGUUUCAUUCAUCUGAACUUAAAGAAGGAUCACUGGUUAGUUUAGAUGAAUAUGUAGCUAGAAGAAAGAAAAAUCAAAAACAAAUAUACUUUAUGGCUGGUGCAGGUAUGGAAGUUAAAGAUUUAAGUAGAUCACCUUUCGUGGAGAAAUUAGUAGCACGUGGUUAUGAAGUUUUGUAUUUGGUGGAUCCAAUGGAUGAGAUGAUUACUCAAAGUUUGGCUACGUAUGAUGGACUUAAAUUUCAGGAUGUGGCAAAGAAAGGUCUUAAGAUGGGAGAUGAAGAUGAUGAUGAAGAUGAAAAGGCUGCUUUCGAAGAAUAUAAGAAGGAGUAUGAACCGUUAUCUAAGUGGAUUCAGAAGGAGUUGGAUGAGUAUGUUGGUGAUGUGGUGAUCUCUAACCGAUUAACGACUUCACCCUGUGCUGUUGUCGCUGAUUCAUACGCAUGGACUGGUAACAUGGAACGAUUGAUGGCAGCUCAAGGAAGUCGAGGAUCAGAAAACAACUUUAUGAUGGACAUGAUCAAGAAAGCGAAAAAAGUAUUUGAGAUCAACCCGAAACAUCCGUUGAUCCAAGGAUUAUUGAGUAAAGUACCAGAAGGAGAAGAAGAAGCGGAUGAAGAACUUAAAUAUGUAGUUAGAACACUUUGGGAUACAUCUUUGGUUAGAUCAGGAUUUAACGUGGUAGACAACAAUGCAUAUUUUGAUCGAAUUGAAGUUUUAUUGAGGAAAUCGAUUGGGGUAGAUGAAAAGGAAAAAGUAGAUGUUGGAGAAAUCAAACCUGCACCAGCUGUUGAAGUUGGACCGGUUGAUGGUAGAAAAGAAGGAGAAGGAUCAACAUCAACAGAAGAGAACGUUGUAGGAAAAGAAGAAGAAAAGAACGAAGAAUGGAAAGAUUGGUCUAAAGUUAAAGAAGAUUUAAAAACGAAAGAAGAAACAAGUUCAGAAGAAAAGAAAGUAGAAGAAGAAGCAGAAUCGAAAGUAGAAGAAGAAUCGAUGGAAGUAGAAGAAAAAGAUGAUGAUGAAUCGGAAAAGAAAGAUCCAAAGAAGAGUGAAGAAUUUCAAGAAGCUAAUCAAAAGAUGAAAGAUGAAUUAAAGAAAUUAGAAGAAAUGUUAAAAGGAAUGCAAGGUCAGAAAGGAGCUGAUGGGAAAGAAAUGCCAGAUUUAGGUGAUUUGAGUGAGAUGCUAAAGGGAUUUGGUAAUAUUAAGGAUGAUGAUGAUACUGGUCAUGAUGAACUUUAG